AUGAUAAGCUUGAGAAGACUUGGAGACUUUAACCAAGUCGUUUCCAAGCUACCUCGAGGUAUCCCUUUCUCUAAGGUUUGUUCAGUUUACCAUAUUGACCGUUUCUUUCUUGAGAGUUGUGAAACAAGAAGAGAAAUGAAGGAAUUGUAUGAGGAAGCCCUACACCACUUGAAACCUUUCAAUACUCUUCGAAAGAUAGAGAGUCCGGGAAGAUUCUUUGUGACUUGUUCUAUACAAGGUGUUAAAUUCAAGGACGUCCUAUGCGAUUCCGGAUCAUCCAUCAACAUUAUGACAAAGGAGACGUCGAAGAAGCUUCGAAUCAAGGAGCUACAACCUUCGGAUGUGCGAAUCGGGCUUGUAGACUCGUCUUUCACGGUUUCCGAAGGAAUAGUCCGCAUUGUUUAUGUUCUAGAAAAGAAGGCCCGGCCCCGCCAAACCUUGGCCGGAGCCCCGCCUAUUUGCACCAUCACUUGGCCGGAGUCCGCCUGGCAGUGCCAGCCAUUGACUGGAGUCUUCCGGGCCGGAGCUUUCCAAUGCGCCCCGACCACUAGCCGGAGCCCGCCGGACUGUGCCACGCGUUCGCCGGACUUGCCCUACCUAGCGGCCCUGGCAACACCUUGCCCGCCGGUCCGGCCGAAUGCGAACUCAACCGGCCAAGACUCGGUCAACUACGGCCAACACGUUUUUGUUUCAAGGAAGAUGGGAAUGGAGAUUAAUAUCAUGGAAUUCAACCAUACUAAAUCGUGUAAGGCCGCUGUUAAGCAAGGAGAGAGAUCAUCCGGAACACUUACAGGGUCGCAAGGAACGGGCAACCUUGAACACUACGCCCGGACCGUCCCCCAGAAGCUUAACCUUGCAGAAAUUUCUGUUGGAUCCGACCAGAUAUGUGCAAAAACGUCAGAGAGAAAGGAACAACACAGUUUCCCGCCACAAAGACAGAAGAAGGAAGCAAAAGAAGAGAUUGCAACAAGCGGCCUAAGAGUUUAUUCUCCCUUGAAACCAAUUCAAAGGUGCCAAGAAGGUUUUAAGAAUUUUGAAGCUAAAAGUAUCAAAAGACGAUCAUUCCAGUGCUUCGGAAGUUUAGCAUCUGGCCAAGGUCUUCCCAAUCUCGGCAUGAGGAUAUCUCGGUGUCAUUUGAAAGCUAAAAGAGUCAAGAUUAACGUCGAAGUCUAA